AUGGUAGAGCCUUCUAGACUACAUGCAACAGAAUGCUUCUUAGGACGAGGAAUUUUCAACACAGAUGGCGUAUCAUGGAAAAAAGCUCACCUUGCCUCGAAAUCGAUCUUUGCAAGGGCUCAAAUAUCGAAUUUAGACAUCCUAGAAGAGCGUCUGGAUGUUUUACUUGCUAUGAUACCGCAUGAUGGUACUACUGUAGACUUAUUACCUCUGUUAAAACGGCUUUUUCUUGAUACCUCCACGCAAUUGAUCUUUGGUCAUUCGAUCAAUAAUCUGGAGCUAGGGAAAGGUCAAUUUGACAUCGAGACGUUUCUCGCAGCUUUUGACACAGUCUUGCAAGGCAUCGGCUUGCGGGUGGCUUUGGGAAAGUUUGCUUUUCUGCAAAGCUUAGAUAGGUCUUGGAAGAAGGCUCGUGACGAGAGCGAUAGAAAGGGCGAAGAACCUUUCAAGUCCUACCAAUCCCCAAGCCCGAACAGACGACUUGUUCUCUUAGAUGAGCUAUUGAAGACGACGCAAGACCGCGUUUCCCUUCCUUCUCAAUUACUGAACAUUUUCCUUCCUGCUCGAGAUCAAACUGCGAUCGCUGCUGGAAACAUCUUCUUCAACUUGGCAAGACACCCUGAAGUGUGGAACCGACUUCAAAAUGAAGUAUCGAACUAUGAUGGACCUCUAACCUACGAGUCAUUGAAGCAAAUGAAGUAUGCAAAGGCCAUUGUGAAUGAAAGUGAGUUGAAUUCUCAGAUUAUUGCCUCUUUGAUGAUGGUGCUAACUCAAUAUGCCAAAGGUCUACGGAUACUUGCAACUUCCGGAAGGAGUAUAAGAUCAUGUGGCGAAGAUUGCAUCUUACCUACUGGAGGAGGAUCAGAUGGAAAAGAUCCAGUUUUAGUUGUUCGUGGAACUGAUGUCAAUUACAUAUUUAGGUCUAUGCAUUUAGAUAAGGAUGUAUGGGGCGCAGAUGCUGAUGAGCCCAGACCAGAGCGAUGGGAGAAGCUCGGGACCGCGCAAACCCGAGCGUAUAUUCCAUUCUCCAAGGAGAUCGAGUUUGUCCUGCACAGCAAAUGGUGCUCAAUGAAUGGUUUAGAGAACCGUGAUCCCGAGGAAAGGUUUGUGAAACAGCAUAGAUUGCAGAUGGAGAGUAGGAAUGGAGUCAAGGUCUCCUUUAGUUUAUGA